AUACAGUUUGGCUUGCAAUUGAGGGCGUGGAUCUGCUUUUGCUUCUAAUUUGCUUGGCCUAAGUAAUCUGAUCAUGUGUCUACUACUUUUUUCGAUUUCUUCCAUCGAAUUUGCAGGGAAAGAGAAUUUCAUACUUUUUCUGUAAAUGGCGGUUUCAGACUCAAGGUAACUAUUAUUGUGCAUCAUUGGAAAAGCAUAUCUUGAUAAUUACAGAAGCUUGAAAUAAAGCUUGAGCUUGGCAAGAAUUGAAAGAAGAACUGGAAAUUUGAAAAUCCUCCUUUUUAAAAAAGAAAUUUUGGUACAUGAAUUCAUCUCUUUAUUUGAAAGCAAAUAGUUCACUGCCUAGAGUGAUUGUUGCAGUACCUUCACCCAUAAUUGUUCGAAGAAUGUCGAGAGCCAAUGUUUUGAGCAUUACGGAGAAAGAGCGAGAAAGAAAAAUCAAACUUUUCCUAGUCCACUGUCGUUAUCAGAUCGCUCUGACUCGGGCAUGCACAGUGGAUCCAGCGAUGGCGAGAGCCAUGAGGCUGCCACGCAGAGGAAGAUCCGGCCGGCUUCGUCAAUGCUUUGGGUCAGAAAUCACCGCCGGUACAUUGAGUCCGGUGCUGGCCUCGGAUCGGAAGUUCUGAUGGGUCUCCUUUUUUCUCCAUACACCAUUUUCCUUAUAAAUUUACUUGAUCCUGUCUCUUUUUUCUCUCCCAGUAGGAAGUGUAUGUGUCUGGUAUUGGAAUGUGCUCAUCUUUGUGCAAUGUGAGUGGAUUAGGGAAGUCAAUUCUAAUGUGGGACUGGUGAUUGUGAUUAACUCGCAACAUAACUGAUCUGUUUGCAGUUUGCAUGAGUUGAUUUAUGAAGUGACUCAACGGCAUUGGAGCUGUUUGCCAUUGAAAAUACGUUUUAGUUAUGUUUCAGCUCAACCGUCAUGUUUAGAGGAAGUAAAAAUAUGUGCUCUGAAUGAACCUUAUAUACCAUCAAUUAGCUUAGGUCAUUGUCUUUUCAGACAAGAAUGCUUAAGAUAUUUGGGUUUGAAACUUCUUCUUUAGCAUUUGAAUCUUUGGUCAAAUCAUGUGGCAUGAAUGAAAUUAGUUAUUUUUGGUGUUUGAGCCAAGGUAUUGUUUUUGGGAAUUUCCCUGAUCCUGCUCUUAUUACAGAAGGGCAGUUCUAGUUGUAGUGGUUACAUGAUAUUACAUCUUUGUGGUAAAAAAAUCUUAAUUUGCUG